GGAAUUCCCAGCACUUGGAUAUACGCGGCUUUGUCCUCACACCCCGCUCCUCAACCAAGCCCAAUUACGAGUUCCAGGGUUCAACAUCACAUCUACUACGAGUACAGCUGAACAUUGUCGUUUACUCCAUCGCUCUUUUGAGGCAUACCACAACUUCACCUCUUGCAUGGAGUGACUCGCUGAAACGGAAAUCCCCUGUUGGAAAUCCCCUGUUGGAAAGCCAUCAGCAACAUCACAGCCCUCGACAUGUUUGCUCGCCGCGGCACCCGACUUCAAGGCCUCUCGAAACUGUAUUCCGACGCCAAACAAUCAUACGAGAAUACAAGGGUCAGUCCCGCCGCUCCAAGUAUCGCCGAGUCGCCAGAACUCAAGGAAUUGAGGCGUGGCUUCCAGAUUCAACAGGACCGAUUAUUGGCAUGGGGCUUACAUUGGGCCGACAACGGUCCACCAGACUCCAAACAUGCUGAUGUCGAUAUCGACAAGAAGAUCAAUGAAGCUGGACUGGGAGACGUUGUCAGCAGUGUAAUCACCGAGAUCCAGGGCAUCACCGAUGAAAUUAGGCGAAUUGGAGAUCCCAUGAAAAGAUCUGAGAAGAACUUGGCGGCUCUCAGGGAUCCUGAAUGGACCGUACACGAGAUCCGGAUUCGAAGAGAUUUAUUAAACAGACUAACCGAAUGUUUGGACCUGUUAUACAGCCUCGAGGAAACCAGAGCAGCAGACGAGAAGGGCGAUGUAAAACGACAAAAGCAUGCCCAUGAGUCUUCCGAAGCGAGGUCGAACUCGGAUAUCUACGACCACCCUCUUCACAUCGACUUCGGGAGCCUGGAAUUCAACGAAUAUGCGGCGCAGGCAGCAGACCCACCGCCUUAUGAUCCCUCGAGCGGUGCAGCCUCGAUAAAGGAGAGAUCCAGUGCAUAUUAUCGAACUGCAUCCCAGCCCGUCUUGGUCGACUACCUCCCUGCCGACACACCGUUAUACAUCAUUGGAAGUGCUGACGAUGUAUUUGAGGUGCAUGAACUAGGCGAACAGUUGUGCAAAAAUAAUUCCCUCUCGUGGUGCGGCCAUUUAAGACUUCUGGGGUUUACAAUCAACCCUGCUGGGCCACGUUGCGCCAUGGUCUACGCUCUGCCCGAAGGUCACGACCACCGCAGCUUGCAACAGCAUCGAACACUGAGCUCGCUCAUCACUGCUACUGCAAGCGAUUUGAGUCACGACGCCGCUCAGCCUCCAUUGGAAGAUCGGUUUCGACUGGCUUAUAAUUUGGCCUUGUCCAUCAUGGGCUAUUUCGCACGCGGCGAGACACACCAGCAUAUUAAUGGCAGCAACUUCCUCGUUCUGGGCUCCAAUGAACAUGCACCUCGAUCAACAUUACCUAAAGAAAUGAGGUCACCGUAUCUGCUCCAGUCAUGUCAAGAUUUCUUGUCGCGAUCUGAAGCACCAGAGUCAUUUGCAACACAUAUCUAUAGACACCCUGAGCAUGACUCUCGUCUCUCGGAGGUGGUUCCCGCCUACGACAUCUACAGCCUCGGACUCCUCCUACUCGAGAUCGGUCUCUGGAUGCCACUAUCGAGAUUUUGGAAACCGAAAUACAACCGUGCCUUGUUCAUGGACAGAAUGCAAAGGAUCUACUCACCGAAGCUCGCAUCUAAAUGUGGCAGUAGAUAUAUGCGCGUGGCGAAGCGUUGUUUGGAAGCACCGACCGAAUUGCAAUACCGAAACAACUACGAAGAUGCAGGAUCGUUCAUGUUACAAGUACUAAAAGAUCUACAGCAAUGCUGUGCUUUGGACGAGGAUUCGCCUCCGCCCUCUGACAUCGAGACCUUUGAGCUGUUGUUGAUCGAGCAGAUGUACAAGGCCGAAACAAAGGUUGACGAGGAGAAUUCAAAGGCCAAGAUGGCGGACGACGAAUAUAAACCACCCCUUCCGAGAAGAGAACUUUCAAAACGGAAGAUAGACGCUAUUCAGCAGCCUGUCCCGGUUGAACCAUCUUUACGAAAGUGGCCGCAAGUGGAUAUUCCUCAAGAAGACCUCGACACAUGGAACACGACUUUAAUGCCGAAGCUGGGAAGAAUGCUGCAAAAUGCAUUAAAAGAUUGUUCGGAGUCUUGUGGUCUGAGUCUUAUGAUGUUUGGAUCCACACCCGAAAAGGCAAGGACGACCAUCUGUGUACAAUGUCCACAAGUCGCCAAAGUGCGCGAUAUUAUUCGACAAGGCUUGAAGCUGAAGAAAGGCUGGGGUCUUGUUCUCCUGGGUGGCGAGGUUCGGAGAAGCGGCAAGGGAAGAAGCGCCAAACGUUCUGGGUACAGCUCAAGACGACAAAGCUCAAAAUCCGCGACAAGAAGACGCCGAGAGCAAAAGUUUGAACAAUGUCCAUCGAAUGGGGCGAGCAUUGGCGCAUUCAAGGAUGACGAGCAUCUGCCGCCUGUCUCUUUCGGCGGCACUAUUCUCGUUGACGGUGAGCCUUAUGGGAUGACUGUGCAUCACAUGCUCGACCCUCCCAGUGAGGACGAGGAUGAGGAAGAUGCCCAGGGCACGCUUGAACAUCCGAGAAGGUCCGCUGGGGAUCGCCAAAUCCCUAGCGAAUUUGCAUCUACCGACGACCUUCGGUACAUGCAAACUCAGGAUGACCUUACACACUUCCCCGACCUGGAAAUUUCCGACGAGGACUUUGAUGAUAGUGACGAUGAAAGUCAAGCAAGCACCAUUCGACCCGACUAUUCCAUCAUGGACGCGGACGGCAAUGAAUUCUGGUUCUUAGAAGACUCAACGCCUGAACUUGACGAAGAUGAUGGAUCAGACCGGGAUGAUGCCUCCUCGUCGUCGAGCGAUGAUAUCGAUGACGCAGCUAGCAUCGGCGACAAGAUUGGCAUCGCACCGUAUGGUGAUGAUGACUUCUGCGUAACACAACCUGCCAUCGAUGAUGUUGACGAUGACUUCUUCCCCAGUGAGGAAGACCGCGACGACGAUCACCUAGCGAGCCACACGUUCGGAUACGUCUUUGCAAGCAGCGGUAUACGCCGGGUCGUCCGAGGUGAAAUGAAGCAUGAAGUAGACUGGGCAUUGAUCAGGAUUCAGGAAGAUCGACUGAGGGCCGAGAAUGCAAUGCCUGAAAGGACUACCGCCGCCGCCGCCCCCUCGUCCACAAAAGGUCUUCAGAGACCAUUAUCUGUAGGGCAUCAGUUGCAGCAUCCCGUCUUGACCAAGAUCACGCCCCUCUCCAAGCUAUCUGGCUUGCAGGUCCACUGUCGUGGACGGAGCAGCGGGCUCAAAAAGGGCAGGAUAUCCCAAGCGAUGGCUUUGGUCAAGAUGCACGGUCGCGAGAGCUUCAGUAUAUCAUGGUGCGUCGAGGGCGGCUUUGGUGUCCCCGGAGAUAGCGGCGCCUGGGUCUACGAUCCCAUAUCGGGAGCGUUGUGUGGCCAUGUCCUGGCGUGGGGUGAUCGGAGUCGAACGGCGUACAUUGCGCCGAUGGAGGUUUUGUUCGACGACAUCAAGGGCCGAUUGGGUGCACAGUGCGUUGAAUUACCGGUUCCUGCAGGCCUAGAAAUGGAAAAGGGUACUGCUUCGUCAAGUCGUCAUGCCGUGACCAGCGUCAAUGUUGGCACAGAGAGUGAUGGGGCCACCGGAGGAGACGUCGUGGAGAAGUUGAGAAGGUUGAAGAUUGAGUCCAAGGAACCGACGAUGAGGACGCUCGUGGUGGCUCCGCCUGUAUCGUGAUAGCGGGCUUGCAUCCUUUUUUUCUCUAUGUUGCAGGCGAUUCGGGGAGGGCGGAGUAUCUGGUAGAGCUACAAACAAGGUUACUUACCUUGAGUCGUGGGAUUAGCGUCUCGAGAGUUUUCCGAUUCUUGAUAUGUUGAUACCAUUAUAUAUUUUGGCGGGUCUUCUUUUCGGUACGUACCUAGCGUUUGACAAUAGCAAUGACUAUUACAGAG